UGUUGACGCUGCAUCGUUCCCUUCCAAUAGCGGAAGCGUUGCUCAUGAAUAUUAAAAGCGAGACCUUCACAGUAGUAGGAUUCGAAAAUUCGCUGUCGGAUUUCCCUUGCAUGUGUAGUGGAGACUAAUGUAACGCUGUCACCACUAUAACAGCAUCAACACACACCACCCUCAUCUACACUUCCGCAACUGCUGUCAGAUGCCAUCGCCAGUCGUGUUUCUCCGGACAGAGCGGAAUUAAGGGCACAUUUUCGGCCUUCUGGACCGCGGACACCUGAGACGCUCACGGAGAAGAGGAAGAUGCCAGUGACGGUGUGGUCGAUUUCCAGUGUAACAAAAGGUUUAGAGUGAGAUUUGACUCUGGAAGUGUGGAUUUGACUGGCGAAUCAUCAUUUGGGGAGGAUGGCUGCAACUACGCCCACAUCAGCCCCACCUCCCAAAAAGAGCAGAGGAAAACAGGAAAUAGAAACUCUACAGGCAGCCAAUGAAGAGCUGAGGAGCCGGUUGAGUGACUUGCAAAAUGAACUGCAACAGGAAAGAGGCAAGGUGGGUAAAUUACGGGAACGUUUCCAAGAGUUACGGGCCCAACGAGAGACUGAGCAGCACAAGCACUCGGUCACUCUCACUGAACUCCGCGUCAAGCUCCAUGAGGAGAAGCAGCGAGAGGUGGCGGCCACACGAGAGAGCCUGUCUCGGCAACAUGAGACCGAGCUGGCCAGGGCAGCACGUCUCCGCGAGACAGAACUGGCCAGGCUUCAGGCGCUGGUGUGUAUUUUACGAGAUGGAGCCAGCGGUGAGCUACGUAAUGCCCUGAAGGAGGAGGCACGAGAGGAGGCCCGCAGGAGCUACGAGGCAGAAAAACUUAGGCUCACGCAGGAGCUGCAGGAGGCAAAGACAUUGCGGCGGCAGGCAGAGGAGGCACUGUCCAAUGCUGUGCAGGCGGACAGAGCCAAAGCUGCCGAUCUCAGGGUGGCCCAUCAAGCUCAUCAGGAAGAGAUUCAGAGAAUUAAACGCGAGAGCGAGAGAGAAAUCCGGAGAUUGAUGGAAGAGUUGAAGAGCAGAGAUCGUGUGGUGCAGUCACUGGAAAAAGAGCUGGGUGUGCAGGCGGGACAGACACAGCGUCUACUGCUGCAGAAAGAGGAAUCAGAGCGGCAUUAUGGGAGUCCGAAGAGAGAGGUGGCGCCUUUCUUUGGGGAAAACACAGACUCAGUCAAUAACCAGGACGCAGAUGAGAGGGAUGUCCGGAGGUUUCAGCUGAAGAUCGCUGAGCUGCAGGCAGUAAUCAGGAAACUAGAGGACAGAAACACCCUGCUGUCAGAUGAGAGAAAUGAACUGCUGAAACGAGUGCGAGAAACAGAUGCAGAGAUAAAGCCUCUCAUGGAGAAGAAUAAAAGGCUGAAUAAAAAGAAUGAAGAGCUGCAGCAGGCUCUACAGCGCAUGGAGGACAAACUGAAGACACUCAGUAGAGAGAACGCAGAACAGAAAGAGAAAUCCCAGCAGAACUUGCAGCCGGGUGGGCUGAAGAAACACACUUCUCUAACGGACCUGAGUCAUGCCCACGAGCAACAGGAAGUCGAGUAUCUGCAUUUGCAAAUCAACGAGCAGCGUGGCAUUAUAGAUGAGCUCAUGCAGGAACGGGACAAGUUGAUAAUCAGCAAAAAGAACAGGCGAAAAAACAUCAAGUUGCCCAAGAGGCAUGUUGUGGAGACAUAUUUUGGAUUUGACGAAGAAUCUGUCGAUUCUGAAACGUCAUCUCUGACAUCAUAUAACACCGAUCGCACAGAUCACACCCCUGCCACCCCUGAAGAGGAUCUUGAAGAUGGCUUUUCCCGAGAGGAGGCAGAGCUGCGAUUUCGGCAGCUGACGCGAGAGUACCAGGCACUGCAGCGAGCUUACGCACUUCUGCAAGAGACUACAGGGCCUCUGGACCCUGAGAGACACUGCAGGACACGGGAGCAGCUGCAGACGGAGCUGAUUGGCUGUCAGGCACGGAUUGCCGACCUGGAGCGGAGCUUGGCAGAGAAGGGGCAGGACUCAAAGUGGGUGGAGGAAAAGCAAAAUCUUCUCAGGGUGAACCAGGAACUCAGAGAAAAGAUAGUAUCACUGGAGCAGUGUGAAAUGAGAUUACGCUCUGAAGUUCAAGACACCCUGGAUCAGAAUGAGCUGCUUGAAUUCCGCAUUCUAGAACUGGAAGAGAGGGAACGCCGUUCUCCUGCCUUUAACCUGCAAAUCUCUGCCUCUGAAAACAACAGUAUUCUACAGCUACACUGCCAGCAAGAGGGUGUCAAGGAUGUCAUCAUUCCUGACCUCAUGAAAAAGCUUGACAUUCUUGGGGAUAAUGGGAACUUGCGAAAUGAGGAGCAGGUGACAGUCAUUCAAGCGGGCACUGUGCUGUCUUUAUGUGAAAAGUGGCUGAAGCAGAUCGACAGCACUGAGGCAGCGCUGACACAGAAAAUGAUUGAUCUGGAGAAUGAGAAGGAGCUGUUCAGUAAACAGAAAGGUUUCCUGGAAGAGGAACUAGACUACAGAAAGCAAGCUCUUGAUCAGGCCCAACUGAGGGUGCAGGAGCUGGAGGCCACAUUAUACGCUGCCCUACAGCAGGAUCCAGACAGCUGUUUGGGGGAGAGUUUAAGUGACAGGCAGCGAGCGAAGCUGGCCGAGUCAAUGGAUGCAGUGCGGAGACAGAUCCUACGGCAGAGUCGACAUGCCGACACACUCGUUCUACAACAGCGCAUGGAGCUCCUCCAGUCUGCACAGCAGAGGAUCAGAGAACUUGAAGAUAAGAUUGACAUGCAGAGAAGACAAAUCAAAGAGAUUGAAGAGAAGUUUUUGUUCCUUUUCUUGUUUUUCUCCCUAGCUUUUAUUCUCUGGCCUUGAAACCCACACACAUCAUAUUCUCUCUCUAUAUAUCCUUCUGUCUCCCACUGUCUUUCUCAAACACACACAGGUGCGGUAUCUAGACGAAAGAUACAAACUCUUUUGCCACUAGAAACUUUGGUGACACAAUCAUUCCUCAGUUUGUUGUACAAAACAUGUUUUUAAAUAUUUUAUGAAACAUUUCCAAAGAGAAACGUUCGUAUUUCAAGAGUUCCAGAGGCUGCUUAACCUUAUUUUGUCUGAUUGAAAAUAGUGUGAACAAAUAUAAAUGAAUGCACCCUAAAUAUUUGUUAUAUUGAGUAUUUAAAGACACUUCAGCAAUUGUCUGACUGCUUUUAGUUUCAAUUAAUAAAGUUGUAUUUUUUUCACAUGUGCUCUUGAAGGCUUUUUUCAGAGCGUGAACAAGGGUGUUUUUCAGAUGGUGUACAUUCUUUACUUUAAAGCAAGCUAUUGUUUAGCUCAGACAAUAGGUGGCAGUAAAGUAACAAUCCAUCCCUCAUCCUUUUGUUGUCUGGGACUGGCAAAGGACUGCAGACAGUCUCACUCACCUGACCUGAGUUCACCUCACUGUGCUAGACUUACCACAUGGAGAUGACAAACUUUCUUAGUCCCAAUCAGAGAAGGUGGCAGACCACUGAAAAAAAAAGACAUGUGAGAAGACAAGGUGCAGCCAGAAAAGUAUGGAUGCAUGUGUGAAUGAAGCCAAUGAUAGAAGGAGGAGCAGAGUGUAAAAGAAGUCAGCAGGAGUGAGGUUGAACACCUCAGAAGUUUCUUGUACUCGCUAACAAACAGGAAAUAAACCCAUGUGUUUACGCACAGAUUCCUGAGCCAGAGAGAUGAUCUCAGCUAAAGCCUGAAUAAACUUGCCUGUCAAAAAUAGAGUUGGACAGAAAAAGAGAGAUUUGAUUUAAUCAGUGUGAUCUUCAUGAUUAAACAUAGUGCAGAUUAGCGCUCAUCUGGAAAGAGCGAUGAAUGAAUGAUGAUGUAUGAUGGACACCUGACGCAAACCACCAAAAACAAGCUGCUCCAGCUAGUGAAUUCCCACACAGUAUGUUAAACUUAUACAGUUAUUUUCAGAGUUGUUCGAACUUUUAUUUUCAUUUACCUUUAUUCAAACUGUCCUUCACACACAUUCUGUCUUCCUCUCUGGGUGCCUUCUGCCAGGGCGUAUUUUUAGUUCAGAACAGAAGUUUGGUGGGGAUGAGAGGGAAAAGAUGCAGACCCCCACGCUGCUGACGCACUCUCUUAAUCACCCCAGCUAAUUCACGCCGGCCCCCUCCUCAAAUCACACACUUUAUAUGAUCCUUCCAUUCACUCUCCAUGUGACUGAUAUGCAUCUGAUACAUAUUCACUAAUGUACACUCCAUAUAAUAAGCUUAUUAGUGUACACUAAUGCACACAUUAGUGUAUACUUCAGCCAUCGCUCUCACUUGUGCUUUCACUCCAUUUGAUGCACUCCAUACAAUUCACUCUCUAGUGUACAGUAUAUUCCAUCUGAUGCACUACAUCUAAUACGCUCACUAGUGUACUCCAUUUGGUAAAUAUUCACUAGUGUACACUUUAUCUGUAACAUAGUCAAUAGUGAACACACUAUCUGAUGUACUUACUAAUGUAUAAUUUAUCUGAUAAAUAAUCACUAGUGUACACUCAGUCUGAUACAAAAUGAUUAGUGUAUACUCUAGUGAUUAGAGUACAUACUAGAGUAUAUUUGAUAGUGUACACUAAUGCACACUGUCUGAUGCCACAUUAGUCUGUACUUCAUCCAGUGCUCUUCCUCCAGUGCUUUCACGAUAUUCACUAGUGUAUAAUUAAUCCGAUACAUAUUCAGUUAUGUAUACUCCAUCUAUUGAAUAGUCACUAGUGUACACUACAUGGGUAAUUGCAGGUACAUUUGGUGUCCGAAGUUUUUUUUUUCAUAUGGUUAUAUUUUUAAUUAUUUUAAUAAUUUGUUACUUAUUGUUAUGAAUUACAAGAUGUUACAGCCAAUAACAAUAUAAUAAUUUGUGU